AUGUCUGAAUUGUUUCGAAAAUACAUAAAGAAAGAAAAUUACCCAGUCCAUCCUUCGAAUAUCGCUUUCAAGACGAACUUCAAGAAUUGUAUAUAUGAAGCUCUAAAAAGAAGAGGCUGGAGAGAAACUGACUCAGAAAUGGAGUGGGACAUCAUGUGGUCAGAAAAAGAAUGGAUUCAUGAAGUAUUCGACCACGUUCACCUUCAGCCACACCAGAGAGUCAACCAUUUCAGAAAUUAUGCAGAGCUUUGCAGAAAAGAUUUGAUGAUAAAGAACAUGAAAAGAUAUAAGAAAAAUCUUGAAAAAGAAGGAAAGCUGGAGGAAGCGGCUGAGGUCGAUUUCUUUCCAUUGACUUAUAACAUGCCUGGGGAAUACUCACUAUUUGUAGAAGAAUUCAAGAGAAAUCCGAAUACAGUGUGGAUUAUGAAGCCAAUUGGGAAAUCUCAAGGCAAAGGAAUUUUUCUUUUUCAGAAACUUCAGCAGGUUUCGCAGUGAAAAAGCGAUUUUAGAUGGAAACCUGACAAUCCACAGGCUGAGCCUUAUAUUGUGCAGAGAUAUAUUAAUAACCCGCUGCUUGUUGGUGGGAAAAAAUUUGAUAUGAGAAUUUAUGUGCUGGUCACUUGCUAUUCACCACUGACAGCUUAUCUGUAUAGAACAGGAUUUGCGCGUUUUACCCACCAUCGAUAUUCAAGCAACCCAGAAGAUAUUUGCAAUAGCUAUAUCCAUUUAACAAAUGUCGCAGUUCAAAAAACAAGUGAAAAUUACGAUGCUCAAACAGGUGGAAAAUGGGAUUUAAGACUUUUGAAGCUUUAUCUCAUGUCAAAAUAUGGUCAAGACCGAGUGUCUGAAUGCUUUUAUAAGAUCCACCAAAUUUUCAUUAAGAGCUUAUUAGCUGUUCAGAAAUCAAUGAUAAAUGAUAAGCAUUGUUUUGAGCUGUAUGGAUAUGAUAUCCUCAUAGAUUCAAACUUGAAGCCUUGACUAUUGGAAGUCAAUGCAGCACCAAGUAUGACAUCGAAUACCCCUCAUGAUUUUGAGCUAAAAGUUGGGCUACUGGAUGAUGUAUUCACAAUAGUAGACAUGGAAAGAGUGAUGCAAGGAAAUGAAGAGCAAGUAGGAGGAUUUGAUCUUAUUUAUAGACAAACUCCAUUCCCAAUGCCAGCUAAUUCAACUUACCAAACUUAUUUGGGCACUUAUAACCAGAGAGCAACAACUUUGAAGAAGCUAGCCAAACAAGCAGCUCAGAGAAUGGCUGCAAAUGAAGCUACUAAAGUUGCUGCUAAAUAA